AUGGACGCUCCCACGGGAUGCAACGUUUCUACCGAGUUGCAUAACUUGCUCAGCGAUCCAUCGCUGCUCAUCUGCGAUGCAUUUAUUGACGGGGAAUGGGAGGAAAAGGACAGAACAUUUCCUGUCUAUGAGCCAUCAACAGGACAGCAGCUGAGCUCGGUGGCCAGCGUCGAUGAAGCGGAUUUCCGAAGAGCAAUAGACAGUGCAGUCGACGCACAAGCAACAUACUAUGACACCACAACAGCUGCUCAGCGGGGCAGUCUGCUUCGUGCGUGGUUUGAUCGCAUUCAGGGAAAUGCUGAAGACUUGGCCAAGAUCCUCUGUUAUGAAAAUGGCAAAACCUACGCUGAAGCCAUGGCGGAGAUUGAGUACGCAGCAAGUUUCAUUCGCUGGUUUGGAGAAGAGGCAUCUCGCACCUAUGGCGAUACGAUUCCUUCAACAGCGCCGCAUGCUGUCGUCAUGACCAUCAAGCAGCCUAUUGGUGUGUGUGGUAUCAUUACGCCCUGGAACUUCCCUGCGGCUAUGAUCACCAGAAAAGUCGGGCCCGCCUUGGCUGCUGGCUGUUCGGUUGUCAUCAAGCCUCCGAGUGAGACUCCGCACACCUGUCUGGCGUUGGCCAAGCUAGCAAUUGAGAGCGGGCUGCCCGCAAAAUGUAUGCAGGUGUGUCCGACUAAAGACCGCACUGCUUCGUUGCAGCUUGCUCUGAGCCCCAAGGUGGCAAAGCUCAGCUUUACUGGGUCUACUCGAGUUGGCAAGAUGCUUGCGGAGUUAGCUAGCAAGACUGUCAAGAAAGUUAGCUUGGAGCUAGGUGGAAACGCCCCGUUUAUUGUCUUUGAUGAUGCAGAUGUCGACCUCGCUGUUGAGGGUGCCAUGGCCUGCAAGUUCCGGUGUACAGGGCAGACAUGUGUUUGCGCAAACAGAAUUAUAGUACAAGAUGGAAUUGCCAAAGCUUUCACCGCAGCUCUGGUAGCGCGAGUCAACCAGUUGCAAAUGGGACGGGGAAUGGGCAAGGGAGUGACUCAGGGUCCCCUAAUUAACGCUACAGCAGUGGAAAAGAUCCAAGACCAUGUAAACGAUGCCGUUUCAAAGGGUGGACAUGUCGAGACUGGCGGGAAACGGCCAGAGACGCCUGGGUUCUUCUUCGCACCAACCGUGAUAUCUGGUGUGACGGCAGAAAUGAAGGUAUCCAGUGAGGAAACAUUCGGGCCCCUUGCCCCAAUUUUCACGUUUAGGUCAGAGGAUGAAGCAAUUGCCAUGGCCAACGACACCGAGUUCGGACUCUCUGGCUACUUUUUUUGUCGAAACAUUAGCCGGACCAUGCGGGUGGCUCACCGGCUGCAGUGUGGGAUGAUUGGGGUGAAUACGGGGAAGAUAAGCGCAUGCGAGACGCCCUUUGGAGGUAUCAAGCAGAGUGGGUAUGGAAGGGAGGGGAGUAAGUAUGGGAUGGACGAAUACCAGAUCAUCAAGGCAAUCACCAUCGGCAAUACCGAUGCCUGA